AUGACCAACGAAAUCCCAUUGAACAAGUCCAGCUCGGACCACGCGUCCACCAUGGAAAACGGCCAAGCCAGCGCGCAGCAGCCUCCGGCGCCUCAUAUGGCCAUGGAUCCGACAGCUCCUCAUCCUGAGUCAGAACAACCCAGACUCCGCGGUGGCCACAACGAGGGCGGCGCGUGUCCCGGCCGAUUCUGUUUCAUUAUCCCCUGCCCAAUCCCUAUCAACUGCUGCAUCAUUCCAUGCCCCUGCUAA